AUGAGGAAGCCCAUAGACUGCCCAACGACGAAGUGCGGCGGCGGCGUGGUGGCGCCGGGAAACAGCAAUGUGGGCGCUGCUGCAGCCGCGAAGCUGCGGAAGGGGCUGUGGUCGCCGGAGGAGGACGAAAGGCUGGUGGCGUACAUGCUGCGGAGCGGGCAGGGAUCGUGGAGCGACGUGGCGCGCAACGCCGGGCUGCACCGGUGCGGCAAAAGCUGCCGCCUCCGGUGGAUCAACUACCUCCGGCCGGACCUCAAGCGGGGCGCUUUCUCGCCACAAGAAGAGGACCUGAUCGUCAACCUCCACGCUAUCCUCGGCAACAGGUGGUCUCAGAUUGCUGCCAGGCUGCCGGGGCGCACCGACAACGAGAUCAAAAACUUCUGGAACUCCACCAUCAAGAAGCGGCUCAAGAUGAGCUCCGCGGCUUCGUCUCCGGCGACAACGGAAUGCGCGUCACCGCCGGAUCCCAAGCACGACGGUGGCAGUGCCAGCUGCCUCGACCUCACCAGCUUAGAUGACGGCGGCCACCACGCAAUGAAGAGCGUGUGGCGGAUAGACUCCUCCUCCUCCACCUCCUCCACCUCGUCGAUGCAGCAGCAGAGCCGGCCGUCGACGAUCGCUGUAGCUGCGGCCAGGGUCUACGGCGGCCUCCUCCUCCCCCUCCCUGACCAAGUCUGUGGCGUCUCGCCGUCCACCGACACGUCGGCCCUGCCGUUCUUCCACGACCAUGCAUCCUUUAAGCAGGUUGAUCCAUUUCAUGGUGGUAGCUACUACAACCAUGGGAUGGCAAUGGGAGGAGGAAGCGGUUGCUUCACGGCAGAAGAAGGAGCAGUCGGCGUAGGAAGCGAACAUGGUGUCCUCUUCAACGUGCCCCCUCUGCUAGAGCCCAUGGCGGUAGCAUUACAAGGUCAAACCCUAACGGCAUCAAGCGGUAAGGACAGCAACAUCAACCAUAAAAAUAUUAACAUGUCUGCUGAGGCUACCACACUGAGCAGCAACAAUGGCAGCAACAUUACGGACAGCAACAACAACAAGAACAAUGUCAACAGUGUGAUCUCCUACUGGGAGCAGCAUGGUCACCAGCAGCACAUGAGCAGGAACGUAGUCAUGGGGGAGUGGGACUUGGAGGAGCUGAUGAAAGAUGUGUCAUCUAUGCCUUUCCUUGAUUUCCAAGUUGAGUGACGACUGGCUGGUGGGACACACCUCCUAGCUGA